GGUCAAAGGCGCACAUGUCACACCAAAAUCAUCUCUUCGAUUUCAUCAAAACCAACACCCAAAUAUCUACCUUUAUCGUUAUCGUUUCUCUCUCCCCAAAUCACCGAUUCAACUCGCAAACGCCAUGGCCAAAUCUCUCUUCUUCUUCUUCUUCUUCAUGUUCCAUCUAACCCUCUUCAUCUCCAUAUCCUCUUCAACCCCUAACCCUGACAAUUCUUCUUCUUCAUUAUCAUCCACCCCACUAACCGCUCACUCUGUACUUACCCACCAUGGUUUUCCGAUCGGACUACUCCCCACCGAUGUCCUUUCCUAUGACCUGAACCAUACUUCCGGCGAGUUCUCCGUCAACCUAGGCUACCCUUGCCGCCUCAUCCUUCCACCUGAUAACUACCUCGCUACCUACUCGAAGAAAGUCACUGGUAAGUUAGUUCAGAACCGGAUUUCGGAACUCAAUGGAAUUAGGGUUAAGGCUUUCUUCCAGUGGUGGGGAAUUACCGGAAUUAAAAUUAACGGUGAUGAUUUGGUGUUUGAGGUUGGGAUGGUGACUGCUAAGUAUCCUUCCAAGAACUUUGAUGAAGUUCCUCAAUGCGUAGGAAAAAAACAUUCGUCUUCUUGAAAGGUAAACAGUGAUGAAUCUAUUUUCCUGAAAAGAAAGAUUUAAAGACGAUAUGCUUUUAAACCAAAAAAUUUAAAUCUUUAAUUUCAUUGCAGGCAUUCUGAUAACUGCUGCAUUGUUGGAUUAAUUUAUUGUAUGAAGAAUUCUCUCUUAUUAUGCAAGAGGAAGUAUGAAGGAGUUAUCAGCAGUUAUUUAUUCUGAAAAAUUAAGGUUACAAACAAUAUCUAUGUCUUUGAUGUUAUGUUGUUCUGCUGUAAAGAUAGAAAUGUACCUAAAUGCAUAAACGUUGUUCUUAAUUUGUUUAGUAUUAAAGAUGUUCUACAAUUA